GAGCAUGUUAGAGAAGCAUGGAGAGCUGGUAAGGUAGACCGAGAAAUGCAGUGCUACAGUGUGUGUGUCUGUGAGGCUGUCAGCAGCGCAACUCGUCAUCUUCUCUUCAGGGACCAUGAUGUGUUAUGGAGCUACGAUUUACAGAUUCACUGCAGUAGAGGGGGAUGCAGAUAGAAGUUCACCUUGAGCUGGAGUCCAACAGUGCCACUCACACACACACACCUCUGGGAUUACAAGAAAUGCUUAUAGCCUAGAUCCCAACAUCAACAGGGAUUUAAUUGGAUCUGACAACCUGCCAAACCAAGAGUGUCUUCAGAAUCUUUAACUUUUGGAUUGCUGGUCCAGACUUAUACAGAACGUCUGACAGCGAGGCUCUAAAUUGACAAUCUUGGGCCAGAAAUCAAACAGGUAGCCUACUUGCUUUGGCAGAAACUUGCCAGCUGUCUCAAAACCAGACAGCAUACAGAACCAAGAUUGUGACACCCACAGCUCACACUGGAACCCCGCAAAGCCACGACCAAGCAGGUCCUGCAGCCCAGGGACCCUGGAGCCGGCCUGACCUUGGACCGUCGGUCACCUGAACCCCUCCUGGCACCGGCAGAGACGUCCAGCAUGUCUCAGACCGGAGGACGGUUCCACAACAAAAAGGCUGGCAUUCGGGCCGCCGUGAUCCUGAUCGGACUCCUGCACAAGUCUCGCAAAGCCAAGGAGAAGGAGAGAGAGAAAGAGAAAGAGGAGAGCGAAGGGAAACAGGAGCUGCUGAACAUUUCCACCGUCCCUCUAGGAGAAUGUCCCCCCUCACCGCCUCGCACUGCACCACCGAACAUGAAGUCUGCAGAGUUCUUCGAUAUGCUGGAGAGGAUGCAGGAUGACUAUAUCCCCUACCCACGAAUAGAAGAUAUACUGGAGAAAGGUGGUCCAUACCCUCAGGUAAUCCUGCCACAGUUUGGGGGUUACUGGAUUGAGGAUGUGGAGGCACCAGCAGGGACCCCCUCCUCCUCAGAGUCCAGUUUCUGUGAGGAGGAGGAUGGAGGAGAGGGCAUGAGCCCUGGUGGGGGACACAGCUACCGCCUGGAGUGUAAUAGCACAGCCCGCGCCUACCGCAAAUAUUUCCUAGGCAAUGAACACAUGAACUACUACUGCACAGGCAGCAGUAUAGGCAAUCUCAUCAUGUCUCUGAAACACGAAGAGGCUGAAGGACAGGAGUUCCUACGCAUCAUGCUCAGGUCGAGGAUCAAAACAGUCCAUGACAGGAUCUCGUUAGCGGGCAUCAACCAGCUGCCUAGUGUACCCCAGAUUGCCAAGCUUCUGUGUGACGAUGCCACAGGGCUGAAGUUCAACCCGGUCCUGUACCCUCGGGGAUCCCAGUUGAUAGUGGCUUAUGAUGAACACGAGGUGAACAACACUUUCAAAUUUGGAGUCGUCUACCAGAAGUUUGGACAGACAUCAGAGGAAGAGUUGUUUGGGAACAAUGAUGAGACGCCAGCUUUCAAGGAGUUUCUCAGUACCAUGGGAGACAAUAUGGAACUUCAAGACUUUAAAGGGUUCCGCGGUGGGCUGGAUGUAUCCCACGGACAGACAGGGUCUGAAUCUGUCUACACUGUCUUCAGACAGAGAGAGAUUAUGUUCCAUGUGUCAACCAAGCUUCCCUUUACUGAAGGAGACGUCCAGCAGCUCCAGAGGAAAAGACACAUAGGAAACGACAUUGUGGCCACCGUCUUCCAGGAAGAGCCCACACCGUUUGUUCCAGACAUGAUCGCAUCCAAUUUCCUGCAUGCUUACGUGCUGGUGCAGGUUGAGAACCCCUGUACAGAACACACAACAUACAAGGUGUCAGUUACAGCGAGGGAGGAUGUGCCUCCUUUUGGACCCCCUCUACCGAACCCAGCUGUCUUUAAGAAGGGUCCUGAGUUUCGAGACUUCCUGCUGACAAAGUUGAUCAAUGCUGAAAACGCCUGCUACAAAUCCGACAAAUUUGCCAAACUAGAGGGGCGAACGCGAGCUGCGCUGCUGGACAACCUCCACGACGAGUUGCAUAGACAGAGCCAGGCCACGCUGGGUCUGGGCCAGGCGGGAGAGGAGGACAAGCUGGAGAACGGGGGACACGGGGGUCUGCUAGAGUCCUUCAAGAGAGCCAUGCGUGUCAGGAGCCACUCCAUGGAGACCAUGGUGGGGUCCCACCGUCACAGGAGCCCCGGGGUAGGAGGUGGGGUGCCCGCCAGCGUGAGUGGAGGAGGGCUACCGCAAAGCACCAGCGAAUGCACAAAGAGCACCUUCACUCCUCCUGUGUUGUCAGCCAAGUCUCCUCUGAAGAGCCCAGUGAAACGUCGCUCAGGCCUCUUCCCUCGUCUCCACUCCAGCACAGAAUCCCCAUCAGACAAACACACACGCAGUGAACAAAAGCCUGCAGAUAUCUACCAGCUGUCCCAGGAAGUGAGGUCAGAGACAUUAUCCAAUCCCAGCUCACCUGAGAUCUGCCCCAACAAAGAAAGGCCGUUCAUCAAGCUGAAAGAGUGCGGCAGCGGCAGGCCGAACAUCUCUCGUUCUUCAUCCAGCACCAGCAGCUUCAGCAGCACCACGGGAGAAACAGAAGCUCUGGAAGAACUGGACACAGCCGGCCAUCCCUCUAUAGCAUCCUCUUCUGCCUUUAGUCCUUCCCUCAGUGUUGACAGCCAGGGAUCAGGUACCCCUGUCAUCAUGUGCCGUAGUCCAACAGAUGUGAAAAGUAAGACGUCACCAAGGUCAAAUUUGAAGUUCCGCUUUGACAAAAUGAGCCACUCAUCCACAACUUCCGAGUAGCUUUGUGGAAUGGAAAUAUCAGACUUGCACAACAAAGGGACUGCACAGGUUGACGGAGCAGCAAAAAGAAAGAUGACAACAACCACAACCACAAAAUAACCAUAGAACCACUUCCCGAUGCCACGGAUAAUGUGAAAAGAUGACAUAGUGCACCAGAGUCCCCACACACUAUAACCUAACUGACAAUACUGUGAGCGUAUUAUUGAGGUGAAGCAGCUACAGAAAUUAGUCAAUACUUUGCCGUUGUUACAAGUUGCUGCAUCUCAGUUGUUAAAUGUUCACAUCACAUGAAGUCCUAGCAUGGCUGUAAUACUGUGAGUGCAGGCUGAGCUAGACUCUGCCUCAGCUUUUUGUAAAGCAUCUAGUUUAUUAGAGAAAUACAGGGAUCUAGAAGAAUGGUAACAUGAGACUAUGGCCGAACUGUUACUUGUUAUCUGUUCGACUGCUGAGUGCUCAGUGGAAUUGGAAAUGUCAGACAUCAGGAUGUUCCCUUUUUGCCUUUGCCCUUGAAUGGUACGUCUGGAAGCAGUUCCUCUUUUGCCUAAAAAAACAGUACGCAGGCAAACACAGACAUGCACAGAAACAUAUUGUAGACUUACAGUAGCAGCGUUUUGGAGAUGACAACACGGGGAGUCUCAGUUCUCUACUGUACGAUCUGAGCUUGUUCGUUGCCUAUAAAAAUGCUUUUCUAGAAAACACCUUUGAUUUUCGAGAUGCUUUUGUAACCUUGCUAGCUGCUGCAUUGUGUCUACUGCACUAUUAACUCGACAUUGCUGAAACUCAGUCAAAAUACCUAUGACAGCAUUUCUGUACCUGUAAGGGUAACUUCAAAUCCCUGAACUCUAGUGCUUGGUUAAUGGAAAUUAGCUCAUAUGGAGCACAGUAGGAGACACUGCCAACACAUUUUGCCAUGCGCUUAUUUUAGCCAAAGCCGCGCCUUACAAUCUAUCAAAAGCCCUUUUCAUCACUGAUGCUCUCUCUCUCUGUCUCUUUCUCUCUCUCUCUCUGUCUGUCUCACUAUGUGAGAGGACAAGAAUCUUCUGGAUCCGCUUACAGCACAGUCGUGGGUAGCCGAUUAACACCCACAUAUACUGAAAAUAGACGGUGCACCGAUGAAAACAUUUCACCUUCUGAUACCUCCCAUUGAAGCUUGCUAGCUCGGUGUAUCUGUGGCUAUGUUUGUUGGAACUUUUGAACAGGAAAGUCUCCUGGGUUUAAACCUUCCAAGCAUUUGCGCUGAUAAUAAUGACUUGAAAAAAAGAUGCUUCAGGUUAAAUGAACCUUUGAACCACACAUUGAAUGUGAACUCUUUUUUUUUUUGUAAUUUUGAUUUGACGCUUUGUUAGUUGUUAUUACAAAGUCUCUUAAAGUAAAUUGCAAAGCCAGGUGCUUACAAGCACAACAGGACAAUAGGUCUACUAGUCCUCAACUCUAUCAUAACAUUAGCCUGGAGCUGCCUAAACUAGAACAAGUGAAGGUGUGUGUUUGCUAAUCAAGAAAAAGCUUAAAGACACCCAGAUGUGUUUCCUGUGUGACCAAACAACCAAGCAUGUAGGUCUUUGAAAGAAUGCAUAUGUGCUCUUACUGUAGAGACAACCAUUCCUGGAUGGCGAGAUAGUGUGUGAAGUUCUGUCACAUGAAACUCAAAUUCUAGAGAGGCAGUUCACCCAAAUUACAAACACAUAUGUUGUAAUUUGGGUGACUUUUUAUUUUUGCAAGAAAGCUGUAGAAAAGCUGAAAGAAAGUUCAGAUUUUUUGACUUUAAGGAACAGCUUGUUGACUAAUACACACUGUGCUCAGUUAGGCCAGUGAUUACCUUGAACAAGGAAGCAGGGACAGAAAUCACACAAAAACAGGAAGUUCAGAUGUACUUUUGUUUGUAGCAGGUAUCGCCUAAAUGCUCUGCAGCCUUUCCUCUGUUAAUAUGCUUAACUUAUUCAUAUGAAAACUUAUUUUGCCUUGAUGUCAUGUACAAAUGUAACUGCAGAGUAUGCUAAUUAAUAAGGUAAAAUGAUUAAAGGAAAUACAUUAAUUUAAAAGAUGUCUAAACAUGUAUAUGUAUAUUUGGUUAUGUA